CUCCGUAUAAUUUGCAUCCGAAGCCGGGUCUUGCCCAAUUUGGUAUAGCAGACCGACCCGAAGAGUGCAGAAAUUUUGCUAACAGACAUACGUCGAGCUGUAAGAGAAAGUGGAUUUUAUCCCCAUGGCAAUCUCACAGCCUCUUUCUUCAUCUAUGGAAGCUGUUUCUAGCGCCAGUUUCUUUCCAAGAUUCACAGAAAGGCCUUGUACUUUUCAGUAUAUCAAAACUCCUACUAACUGGCUUGGCAGUAAGAUUCUGAAAUCCAGUUUAACUCCAGCACGCAGCAUCUCGCCUACACUCCGCCUCUCUCGAAUUCCGGCACUUCCUUCUGAAGAACUGAGUGGUGGAGACGGAAACACUGAAGAGCAAAUUCUUCGUCUGAAAAGCGAAAUUGGAUUUGGAUUAGCUCCUGAAGGAGCUGUUCAUUUGUCUCGGGGUAAAUUCGACGGGGAACAGCCAAACGAAAUUAAAGAAGAGAGGAUAGCAGAAGUGGUGACGCACGCAGGGGGCGGCACAAGAGCCGGGCUGUUUAGAACACCCAUAUCAGGAGGAGUGCAAAGCGCAACCUCUGCUCAUGAUUUACCGAAACCCGCAUUAGCUGUUCGGAAUUUACUGGAACAGGCUAGGUUUGCUCAUUUGUGCACAGUCAUGUCCCAGAUGCAUCAUAGGCGAGAGGGUUAUCCAUUUGGUUCACUUGUAGAUUUUGCACCAGAUGGCAUGGGGCAUCCAUUAUUUUCAUUUUCGCCAUUAGCUAUUCACACUAGGAAUUUGUUAGCUGAUCCAAGAUGCUCGAUGGUUGUGCAGAUUCCCGGAUGGAGUGGUUUGUCAAAUGCAAGGGUAACAAUACUUGGUGAUGUGUAUCCUCUCACAGAAGAUCAACAGGGGUGGGCUCAUAAACAGUACAUAGCAAAGCAUCAGCAAGGUCCUUCACAACAGUGGGGAAACUUUUAUUACUUCAGGAUGCAAAAUAUCAGUGACAUAUACUUCAUUGGAGGGUUUGGAACAGUUGCUUGGGUUGAUGUCAAGGAAUAUGAAAACCUUAAGCCAGACAAAAUUGCUGUUAAUGGGGGUGAACAUAACUUGAAGGAACUGAAUGUCCUCUUCUCAAAACCCCUAAAGGAUCUUCUGUCACGUGAAACAGAGGUGGAUGAUGUUGCUCUGAUAUCGAUAGACAGUAAGGGCACUGAUAUUCGUGUCCGGCAAGGCGCACAGUUCAACAUUCAGAGGAUGUCGUUUGAAGAAGGGCAUUUGGUUGAAACACUAGAAGAAGCCAAAGCAGCACUUAGGAAAAUAAUAAACAAAGGCAAAGUUCACAAUUUGCAUAAAUGAAGUUUCCGUAGGGAGGUGGCGGUUAUAUAUGAACUGUGAAGGCAUGAAGCUAGGUUUAGAAAGAUCAUGUAACAUUAUUGUAUCUGGGAAUUCGCCAAUGAGCGUGAAAGCUGAAAUGUUAGGAAAUAUUUG